GCUUUUUUUAAAAGAAAGCAUGUAGCUUUAUAUAAUUGUGUAAGGUUAGAUAAAGAGAUGGAGUGUACAGAGUUUGUAAACUGUGACAGUGAGUGCUGUGUUAUCAGUAGACGAAAGAAAUUCAGUUGGGAGAGCGUAUAUGCGGGUCUUGUAAUAUGUUUAGUGCCAUCAGUAGUAUGUAGUUCAGAUUGGUCCCAACUCUCCUACGAAUCAAUCUACAACAACACAGACUACGUCCAAAUACACAACCAACCGCGGCCAUUCACCUUACCAAACAACCUAACUAACACAGCCCCCAGGCCCUUUAGUUCUAGUGAUAGAGACUCUUAUUUAGAUACCAAAGAUAAUGAGUUAGAGUAUGAGUUUGCAGGUAGUCAAAACAAGCAUCAGCUAUUGGUCGGGUUUGCCAGAGACCCGUUUAGGACCUCUGUGCCUGAGGAGGAUUAUUUGAAAGGAGUCAGGCAUGUCCAACCCCAGCCAUUCGUCAAUAAAGGCGAAAAUCGCGGGAAGCGGGGAGUGGUGCAUCUGGCCAACAUGAUGUACUGUGCUACGGGCUGCGAUCCACUGUCUUACAAAGGAUACGGGUGCUACUGUGGGUUCCUCGGGGAGGGGAGGCCUACAGAUGGGAUUGACAACUGCUGCAGAAUGCACGACCGCUGCUACGAGAACAUCUACUGCCCCUUCUUCACGGUCUACUUCCAGCCGUACUACUGGAAGUGCUACCACGGCGAGCCUCUCUGCGCUCUGGAGAACUACAAGACCCAACACCAGUUCAUCAACGGCUGCGCUGCGAGAUCUUGCGAGUGUGAUCGGCAGUUUGCCAUGUGUAUAAGACGGUACCCAUGUCCGAGGAAACGGGCACUGUGCCGGUCCUCUCCUUUGAGACUGCUGCAGAAUUUGCUGAUGUUCCGAUGAAAGCAGGCAAGGCGAAGGGCAGAAGCAAGUGAAGGACAUUUACACUAUGUCACUGCCAUUAACGGCAAACUGUAAAUAGGGUGACUGCUAUUGUUAUUAGCCACUACAUAGUAAUUGAUGGCCACUCCUAACAAAUCAGAAAGAAACAAGUCAAUUGAAACCUUGUUGUUAAGAGCAGCCAAUCAAUAUGUAGUGGCCAAUAUCCAUGGCAGCCACCUUAGAGUACAUACUCGAUGAUUUAUAUAAAUAUAUAGCAGUGGCGGAGCGUCAAAAUUAGCAGUCAGAAGUCACUUAGUUAAUUGAAAGUUUACUUUUUAAUUAAAUACCUCCAAAAUAAACUGAACAUGCGUUAAGCCAGUGGAAGUAGAAUUUUAAGGAAUAAACUAUGAGUGAAGCCAGCUGAAGUCUAAUUUUAAGAACGCCCCGUCAUUGUGGUAUAGUGAAGAAAAGCAAAUAGAUAAAGGAUUACACUCCGUCUAGGCUAAGUUUGCACGGACUUUGCACUAUUAGCAGUCUUGUGCAGCCACACCUGACGUGAUAUAAAUGACGUGAACAUGUAGAUAGAUACAUCAAAUUAUAGGUAUAGAAAGACGUCAAAUAUAGGAUUGCCAAGAUCUCUAUGUACAGUCGACUGUACAUAGCGGUCCAUGUUGUAAAUAACUUAUAUGUACGGAUUGUGUUUUACGGAUCAUCUCGGAAUUAGUAAAAUAGAUCGAUCGGAGUUAAAUUUAAAAGUAAAAAUUAUCACGGAAAUUCUUACAAAAGGUAUGAGUACUGUUGUAAAAAAGUAUUAGUCUAGUCCUGGGUACCUAUAUUUCAUAAUCUUAUCCACUAACUAGCAACACAAAAUUAAAAUUAAUUAAUAAACAUUAACAAAAGGAACACAUAACGCGUAUGCAGUAUUGUGCUUGACUAUUUUUUGUAGAUAAAUUAAUAUUGUAAAUAAAUAAAAAGGUAAACGAUACAACUA